AUGUUUCCUAAUAUUAUUCAAUAGGAUCGAAGGUCUUCAAUUAUGGAUGACCAACUAAUAAGCCAUAAUAAGAAUAUUCAUAAUACGCCUGAAUAAACCAGUCGUAGGCUUCAAAAGAGGCAAUCUUCGAAAAUAGGCUCACAAUCUUAAAUUACAAGAAAUCAAAGAUCAAAAUUGUCUAUCGACAAUCUUAGUUAAUAAAGAAAAGCAACCCUCUAAAGCUAGAAGAAUAGACAGAAUAACUUAUUUUAUGAAUAUUAAGACUUAUUCCUAUCAGAAUCUUCAGAUAGCAAUUCCUCCUCAGAUGGAGCAUCUAAAAAAAGCAAAAUUCAGUAGAAAGGACCAGCAUCGAUAAUAAACUACGACAAAGUGAUAGAUGAACAGAUGGAAUUUAUACAUAAAACUCUGCAUUAGUAGCUGUCAUCAAUCAGCAACCUCAUUUCUAAAGAACAGUUAGACUAGCCAAAUGAAAUAGACAAUGAAAAGUAUGAAAAGCAUCAAAUAACUGUCAUAAGUAAAAUAAAUUUUUCAACCAAAUAUAACAGGGAAAGAUCUAUUUCUACAUCGAAAAAUGUUUCUGAUACAUAAGAGUUGAAAAGCUUAGUAAAAAUAUUAGAUUAAGCAGGAAUACCUGAAUAAGAAUAAAGCUAAUAUAAAUAAAUAAUUGAAGAACUCGAAAAAUAAUGUGCAGAAAUUGUGCCUGUUGGAAGAAAUAGGAUUAAAUAGAAAGUCAGAAAAACCUUUGUGCAAUUAUUUAACCAAUACUAUAAAGAUGAUAAUUAAUUGAAAGGAAUAGACGGAGAUCAAAUGAGUGUCUAUUCUGUUGCUUAGAAUGAAUCGCUUUUCUUUGGAAACAGAGCAUAUGAACCCUAAAAUAUUCAAAAUAGUCCCUCCAAUAUUAAUAUGACAUCAAUACUAGAUAACGUAUUUACCAAAACCCAAAACCAUGGAUUUAUGAGUGACAGAAUGAAAUUACUGAUUGAUAAUUUUAAAUUUGAAUUAAGCAACGACGAUUCUAAUUUUGUUGCUUAAUCCGAACAAUCAUCUGAAAUAGAAGUUGAUGAAGAGGAGGAAUAUUUAGAAAAGCAAUUUACCUAAACAAUUAGAGAUCCAACUACAUAAUAGGAUCAUUAAAUAUAAAAAUAUCAAAGAAAAUAUAAGCGAGACCCAAUUUAUGAUCCGUAUCCACUUAUUUGGCAAAGCAAGGAAGAUUACGAAUGGAUAGUUAAAGACUAUCAAUUUUAUUGGGAUAAUUAUCCUCUAGUCUAUCUAAGAAAAACUAUAGUUUUCAUCAUCAGGAUCAUUGCAAACACUGCCAAUAAAAUAAUAAAUCAUCGUAUCUUUACUAUUUUGGUAUUAAUUUCAAUCAUAUUUAAUAUAAUGGUAUUCAUAGAAAGUUAAAGUGAAAAUUUAUAGACUGAUGUUUAGGCCAGCCUUAGAUAAUAAAAAUAAAUUAUACUAUUCUUCUUUAUUGCAGAAAACAUUCUCAAACUAAUUGGCUAAGGCGUAAUAGAUUUCUUUUGGGAUUUACAGAAUGUAUUUGAUAUGAUCAUUCUCAUUCUCUUUUCCUUCCAUUAUUAUUACCCAACUUUGAUGAUCAUUGAUUUUUCAACUGCAAGAUUGCUGAAAAUAUUAUCAGUUAUUAGCGUAUUUAGUAAGAGAUUACAGAUAAUGCUUCUUGCAUUAAAGCACUCCUUAAGAUUUUUACUGGAAUCGCUCCUUAUUGUAGUUAUAUUUUCAUACUUCUUUGCUUUAUUCGGAAUGCAUUUAUUUUAAGGAUUGUUCCUAUAUAAAUGUUAUCAUGCUGAAUCUGGUAUUUAAACCAACUACUUGUGCGGAUAUAAUCUGGAAUGCUAAGAUUAUUCUAUGAUAUGUUGCAAAUCUUUAACUAAUCCAAAUGUUCCAACUAAUUUUGAUGACAUCUUUUAUUCUUUUUAAGAAGUCGUCCGAUUGAUGAUAUUCAAUGAAUGGACAGAACCCAUCUAUUUAGCAAUGCUCACAUUUCAUGAUUUUGCCAUCAUAUACUUUAUUUUUCUUAUUUUUAUCAUUGCUAUUUUUGGAGCCAAUUUGAUCAUCGCUGUUCUUAAAAUCUAUUAUUCGCAAACACUAUUGAAAUAUCAGCAUGAAGACAUAUAAAAAUUAUCUGCAAGCAUUGAAGUUAUCUUGAAUCUAAGAAUUAUUAAAGAUCACUCAAUUGAUUUUGAUUUGAAGAACAAUUCAUAGUAGGAUUGGGUAAGAAAAAAACCUCGUGAGGUAGAUGAGUAAACUACCUAUGCUAAAACAAUCCUUUAAAAUAAUAAUUAGAAGGUUAUAAAUUACAAAUUUAAAUAUUUAUCUGCCAGACAAACCAAAGAAUAGGAUGAAAUCAAAAAUCGAAAAAGAGGUAUUAAAUCAAACAUGAGCAAACUGGAAAAUUUAAUAGAUAAUUUUAAAUUAGAAAAGCUAUUCUUAUUUGAAUAGAACAAGGAACAGUUCAUGCAGAAGCUCAUUUAAAAUGAUGCCUUUGAUAAAGAAUAUUUAAAAUUGUUUUAUAUUUAGACCUUCAAAAAAGUGCCUUUGUAUUCUUGGAGAAUCGUUAUUAAUAACACUUCAGAGGGUGAUAUAUUUAGUUUCAAAAUCAGAAAUGAGUAACAACAAAAGAAGAGGGAAAGGGAAUUUGAGUUCAUUAGAAAAUCUGUAUUAAAUCAUUGCUAUCGAUUAAAAAAAUCAGAUUAUUCCUUUAUUAAAUCGUAGAAUUAAAACUCUCUCAAUCAUUCCCAUGGUCGCUUACCAAUAAAAUAGAAAUCAAAAUAGAAAUAACAAUUAAAUAAUGAAAAAAGUGAGAAAAAUGAAAAAGCAGUGAAAAUUGAAAAUAAUAGUUAUGAUCAUAAAGUCAUCAAGAUUAUCCCAAAUAACUAAAAGAGUAAUAAUACAACAGAAAAAGUUGACAAAAUCACCUAUUAUGAUUUAGAUUUUGUAAAAUAAAGGAUCAACAGGUAAAUACCUGAAAUUUAAGAAGAUAUGUAGGAUUUUGAGGACUUGUUUGUUAAAUACAGAUUGGAAGAAUGUAAAUAAGGAAUAGUUUACAAAAAUAAUUGGUCAGGAAAUUGCGUAUUGCAAUCCAAAUAGAAGAUUCCAUCAACGAUAAAAAUAUUUCAUUAACUUAAUAAUAUUGAUAUUUAUUAAUGGAAAACACCAGAUCUCUCAUGUGUAUGGAGUUUAAUAUCAAAAAAUUUAAAUUUGAUGUUGAGGAACCGAUCUGCUCAAAUCUUUUUUGAUUUAAUAGUUUUGAUCAAUAUCCUUUUACUUAGUAUGAUAGGUUAUGUAGAUUAAAAUAUCAUCAGACAACUCAACGAUUAUUUUGUAUUUAUCCUACUUGGUGAGUUAUUUCUAAAACUUGUAUUUUAAGGCAUUAAGAGAUUUUGCACAAGGGCCAACAAUUUUGUUGAUACUUUCAUUUUAACAUGCUCUAUAAUUUAAUCAGUAUAUGUGAAUUAAAACUCUGGCAAAGGAAACAUUUAUCUUGAUUUAUUAAACUCUAGUCAAGCACUUCUAAUAUAUCGAAUAAUCAAAUAUAAUAAUUUCGCAUUAAAGAUAGCAAAGAUUACAAAAAAGUCCCUUCCUUCUUUUCUCAAUUUAAUAUUUUUGAUGAUUACUUUAAUUUUCUGUUUUGCUUUUAUAGGGAUGAACUUAUACAAAGGUAAAUUCCCAAUUAACACGGAUUUUGGUUUACAAUAGUCAUUUGAUGAUCUUGCAGCUGCUUUUUUAACAGUUUUUGUACGAGCUGCAAAUGAAGAUUGGUUUGGGAUGGUAAUGCUAGGAUCGCAAUAUAGUAGUAAGAUUGGCACUACUUUUUUUAGUGUUAUCUCCGUUUACGUCCUAAAUCUAAUGACAAUAGGAUUCAUUUUGGCUAUAGUGUUAGAUUCAUUUUCUUCCUACGAGAAUGAGACGGAAUCAGGAGAGGAUAGACUAGAUUCAUAGUUCUCAAUUUUAGAGGGGAAUGAUAAUCUGACUGAAGUAACGUUAAGCAGUGAUAAGGUUGCUACUCCUAAAGAAAUUAUCUAAAAGAAUACAAAUGGGAAUGAUGUUUUUUAAGAUACUAAGUAAGAUGAUGAAAAAUAAGUCAUUUAGAAUAAUAAUUUUUUUGAUUUGUCGGCAAGAAUUGAAUUAUUAUUAGAAUAACUAUUCGCUAAAUUUCAAUUUUUUACUAAUAAUGAGAGUGAGAAUUCAUUAUAUAUUUUUAGUAAAUAAAACUAGUUCAGAAAGUUAUGUUAUCGAUGUAUCAAUUAUUAAUUGUACAUCACUCUAAUUUAAUUUACUUUCUUUAUUGCACUUUUGAAUAUGUGUGUCCACACUUAUUUUGAUUACGAGAAUAAGAUCUCGAAAGAUUUAAUUGUUUAAAUAUCAAAUUAUGUAGAGUUGACUACAAAUAUAUUGUUACUAAUUGAUUCAAUCUUAAAGAUUAUCUCAUUAGGAUUUAUGAAAGAUAAAGGAAGUUUUACAAGUGAGUUUUGGAGAUUCAUAGAUUUUGUUUAUUAGUUAUGCUACAUCACCAAUUAUAUUGUGAAAUAUGAUGCGUUUCAAUAUUUGAAGGCUAUAAAAUACGCAAGACCUUUUCGUUUCCUAUAUUUAUUCGAAUAACUCAAAUAUAUCAACAGUGCCAUAUCAAAGUCAAUUGUUGAUUUGAUGAAUAUUCUAUUUGUGUAAAUAAUGGUGUGGCUAAUAUUUGCAAUCUUCGGCGUCAUGCUUUAUAAGGAUAAAAUGAGUUAUUGCAAAUAUCCUUUGAAUUUUGGAAUCAACAAGUAAGAAUGCAUUGAGGAAGGUGAAGAAUGGGUAAAUAACCUCUACAAUUUCGAUAAUAUGGGAAAUGCGAUGUUGGCUCUAUAUAGAAUGACAGCCUGCGAUGAUUGGGUGUACAUCAUGCAAAUUUGUUUGAAUUCAAGAGCAGAGGAUCAAGGGCCCAUUCUAUAUGGAAAUAGAUGGGUGACCUUAAUUUACUUUAUGUUAUUUAUCUUGGUUGGAGUGCUCUUCUUUCUUGGCUUUUUUGCAGGAAUUUUGUUCAUCAAUUUUCAAACUUAUAAGACUAAAUUACAGAAACAAAUAUUAACAAAUGAUCAAUAAUUGUUUGCCAAUAUAACCGAGAUCAUUUAGAAGGAAGUCCCAAAUUAUUCAGAUCCUCCAAAGUCAUUUAUCAGAAAACUGGCUUCUAAUAUAAUAAAAUAAAGUCUAUAUGAAAGAAUGAUCUUAUUGACGAUAUUUAUCAACACUGGAAUUUUAACCUUCUUUUACGAUGAUGCUUCGUUGGAAUUGUUAUAAACUUUAGAAUACAUAUAUCAUGCUCUCAGUUGUUUUUUAAUUCUGGACACAUGUUUAAAAAUAUUGGCAUUUGGUAUUAGAAGGUAUUGGGGAUACAUUUGGAGAGAAAUUGAAUUUAUCUUGGGCAUUAUUGCUCUGAUCGAUUUGAUUCUAUUUCUUACGAUUAAUUGGAGUUAGUACUACUUUAAAUCCACGAUCAAUGAUAAAUACUUCCUGAUUCUCAGAUUAGCAUUUGCCUGUAGAAAUCUAAGAACUCUAUUAAUCAUUCAAUAAUUCAAAGGAUUGACUAGAUUGCUCAGAAUUUUGAACUUUUCUGCUUCAUUUCUACUAUAAAUUUUAUGUUUCUUCUUUUCAAUCCUGUUAUUUUAUGGAUUUAUUGGAUGUGAGUAUUUCGGUAUGAUUGAGAAAGGAGCAUAUGUAACAGAUUACAUGAACUUCACUAAUAUUGGCAAGGCAUUACUGAUUUUGUUUAAGAUCUGUACGAAAAACAAUUGGAUUAGAAUAAUGAUAGAUGUUUCAGAACGCAAUUAAUACUGUACACCUGAAACACCUAGCUAUUGUGGAGUUAAAUGGAUUUAUGCAAAUAUAUUCUUCUACACAUUUGUUCUUAUUUCCAAUUUUGUUGCAUUCAAUCUAUUUAUUACAGCAUUGGUAGAUCAAUUUGAAAAAUUCUUUAAUUCUUAGAAUAGUGUCUUAUAAACCUACAUCGAGAAUAUUGAUCCCUUUAGAACUACCUGGUGCAAGUAUUCUACAGAAACUAAAGGAGCCUAGAUGCAUUCCAGAUAUUUAGCACAUUUUCUAUUAGAAUUGGGACCGCCUUUAGGAUCAGCUCCAGGUGAUAAUAUUUGGGAUGCUGCCAAAAGUGCUUCUAAUUUUAAAAUCAAGGCUGAUUUAAAUGGUUACAUUCAUUUUUAAGAAGUACUUUACGAGACUAUUCGAUAUGUUUAUAGAGAUUAGAUCUUUAGAACUGGCCACCCUGAAGGCAUUAAACUAAUGAAGUAGAUUGAUAAAGAUACACGUUUCAGAUUGCAUUUCAAGAGACUUGUAAGUUAUUUUCAAGUUAUUUAGGAUAUUUUGGAUAGAAGAUAUCCAAUAUAUGAAAUGAUGCAUCUUAAGGGAAAUUUCAAUAUUUUAUAGGAAUAUCUAUUUCUUUUAAUGAUCUUUAGAACUUUUAAAUCCUACUCCGCUAAGACGAUUGGAAAAAUUUAGGAAGCCAUUAUUUCACGUGAAAAUUCCAAUCACCCCAAAUAAUUGAUAUAAAUUAGUUCUUAAAGCGAACAAGAUGAGGAUACAUUGAAAGAAGACAUAAUAAUGGAAUCAUAACAUCAAAUAUCAUUAAAUAGUGAAGAUGUUGAAACUUUCUAAGUCUAGGUUUCCAAGUAUAUUGAAUCACAUAAGGCUAAUAAAAAAUUAAAGUUUCUAGAUCAAGGCUAUAAUAAUCACUCAGAAGGUAGAAUACUUUUUCUACCGGAUUCGCAAAAGACUGACCGCUUUCAAAUUGGUCCAAUCAAACAUAAAUCAACAAUCAAGAAAAAGCAAGAAUAUAAUUUUGUUGAUUUUGAAGCCAUUGAAUAAAAAUAGUUGCAUAACCCUAUGCUAGACUCUUCUCAUCUCAAUGAACACAGUAAGGGGGCAAUGACUGACUCACUUAUUAAUGAAGAACACAAAAUCAAUUAAAUUAAUUAUUCUAGUCUAUCACCUCAUAGAGACAGGUUUAGCAUUAAUUCGUUGAAUGAGAGUGUCGGUACUGAAAAUCAUAAUUUUUUUUAUGGGAAACCAAAAAUGAAAUAAUGUUAAAAAGUUGCUAAGUGA